CUCCCCUCCCUCCUUCCCCUGUGCUCCCCAUACCCUCCCCCCGCCCUCCUGGGAGGGGCCCAGCGGCUAGGGCGUAGCCACCUCCGCCCCAAGACGACGCUUGUGCCCGGCGGCGCUCCCCGUGAGGUCUGCUCGGUGCCUCGCUGCUCCUGCCCUUCUUCUACAUUCCCAUGUCGCUGGGGUACCAGGACAGCAUGACCUCGUCCUUGGGCAAGGGGAUCUAUUUCGUGGUCUCCAUCCUGGCCCUGUCCUCUCUGAACCUGGGCCGCACAAUAGCCUUCAGCCUCAUCACGGAGCUCCCGAGCCCCCAUUGGCGCAACUACUUCCUGGUGUGCGGCUCUGAGCUAUCUGGGCACAGGCGUCGGGCCGAUUUUGGCUGGCUGCAUCGCGGACAGGCACAUCAUCGUGAGCGUGCUUAUCGGGGUUUGCGCCGCCGCAACUGCCUGGGUGGGCGCAGCAUUCGCAAGGGGGCUACUUGAACACGAGGAGAGCACGAGGUCGGCCCGGCCAGGGCGGAGGAGGGCGAGGCCCCCGAAGACACCUGGGAGCAGACGAUGGACGGCGUGAGGAGGGACAUCGACGAGUGGUGGUCCGCCCUGAGUUUCCCUGGCCGUCCAGGCCACGCGGCGACUUCCGCGCUGGCGCACAAGGCGAACCUGACCUCAGAGAAGGUGGUAGGGGUGGCCGUCGGCGUCCCCAUGGCACUGAGCGCACCGCCCGCCGAUGCGCCCUCGAUUCACGAAGGCGAUGGGGGGCCCAGCCUCGACAAGGCCGACGCGCUCAAAGAGCACGCCUUCGAAGGGGUCUAGCUCCCGCGCGUGAGCUCUGGCUGGGCUGGGCGGCCUGUCUGAUCCUCCCUCUCCUCCAUUCCUCCUGCUGCUCCUCCAGAUGUCCCCUCCUUCCCUCCGUACUCUUCUUCCUCGGACUCCUUUCCCCGUCCUCCACACCACUUGCUGGAGCAAGGGUGCCCUCGUACCGAACGGGCGCCGCCGCGGCGGAUUUCCGCGCGGGCGCGCGGCGGGGGCUGCCGCAGCUGGGGAGCGGCUCGGGUGCGGACGGGGAUGGGGCCAGGCAGCCCCACGUUGGCAGGGCCCGUUACGCACACGUCUCCAAGGUCAUGGACUUGUACGCAAUUCCAAGCCUUUCCAGCCUGCGCCCUCGGCAGCGCGGAUGGUUGAUCGGCACCGCCACAUGCGCGACCGACCGGCUCGGAUUUGCACGGGCGCGCGAGUUCGCACCAGCCGUGCUCGCCAAGCCGCGUUUCCAGAA